AUGAUGCGUGGUCUCUUUCCUCAAUUCAUUUCCCGUCAAUACCGUGAUGGGCCAUUUGUGCUUACGCUCACGGAUCUCCACGCGAGUAAUAUCUUCGUCGAUGAAAAUUGGCAUAUUACGUCGUUGAUUGACUUGGAAUGGGCAUGUUCUUCUCCCAUUGAGUUACAAACACCGCCUUACUGGUUGACUGGUCGACCUAUUGAUGAUAUUGUACAUGGAGAACAUCUCGAGACUUUUCAAGAAGUGACGACUGAAUUUCUAAAUGCCUUUGAAGAACAGGAAAAAAUCAGGAACGCUUCCGAUGCUUCUCAGGCCGAGAUCAUGCGGAAAUCCUGGGACAGAGGUAGCUUCUGGUAUUUCCAGGCCGUCAAUAGCCCGAAGGGUCUCCUUCGGGUAUUCAAUGAGCAUAUCCAACGCAUGUUCUGUGGGGAGCACUGCACCCAGCGGGAGUUUGAUCGGGCUGUAAGUCCAUACUGGUCUGUCGGCGCCGAAGAAUUCAUUCAGAUGAAGGUGAAGCAAGAGGCAGAGUAUAAGGAUCGACUUAGGAAGAGGUUCAGCGAAUGUGUUCAAAAAUGCUGA